AUGAAGAAGAAAAAGGGGCCGCCAAAGAGCCUGGCUGCCGGACGCCCUCCGGUUCUGCACCGGACCAAGACAAAGUCGAUUUCGAGAAAGGCGACGAAGGCUCUCAUCAACAAGUACCAUCUGCUGCAAAAGAGGAAGCAGCAGGCCAUUGCUAGGGGAGACGCCGCCGAGGAGGCCGCGAUUGAUGCUGAGAUCGAGGCCCUGGGCGGAAUCAAGAGCUACCAGGAGGCGAGCCUGCAGGGCCAGCGCCAUGACCGUGGAGGCGACAGCUCCCGGGUGCUCAUGCAAUGGCUGGAGCCUUGUCUGAAGUCCCGUCUCUCACCGGACAAGACCGUUUCCGGUCGCCGGCUCCGGAUGCUAGAGGUCGGGGCACUCAGCACGCAGAAUGCCUGCUCGAAGAGCGGCUACUUUGACAUCGAACGGAUCGACCUUAACAGCCAGGAGGACGGCAUCCUGAAGCAGGACUUCAUGGAGCGGCCCUUGCCGCGGGAUGAGUCCGAGCGAUUCGACAUCAUUUCGCUCUCGCUGGUGCUCAACUACGUCCCGGACCCGAGGGGCAGAGGGGAGAUGCUCCGCCGGACGACGCUGUUUCUACGCACGCCGGGACAAUUCGUCGACUCUCCGGAGCUGGCGGCCAGCUUUCCCAGCCUCUUCCUCGUCUUGCCCGCCCCGUGUGUGACAAACUCUCGGUACCUGGACGAGGACCGACUGGCCGCCAUCAUGGCCUCACUGGGAUACGCGCGGGUAGCAUCCAAGACAACGCAGCGGCUGGUUUACUAUCUUUGGAGAAGGGAACGCACCGGCCACGGAAGUGGAGGUCCGUUUUUGAAGAAAGAGGUCCGGUCUGGGUCAACUCGAAACAACUUCGCUGUUGUUUUAGACUAA